AUGUUGGUGAAGAAGAAGAUUAUGGACAACCAGCCUGAGCUGCACGAACCCUUUCCUGACUGCACAUUUUCUGCGAUUACCUUCAACCUUGGCAGCUCAGUCGUCACCAAGGACCACCGUGACUCAGCAAACUAUGCUGCUGGCCAGUGUGCCGUUCACAGCCUUGGUGACUAUGAUCAUGAGGUCAGCGGUCAUAUGUGCUUAUGGGAACUUGGCCUCUUGGUCGAAUUUCCUCCAGGGGGUACCAUCUUCUUCCCCAGCGCUGUGGUUCGCCACUGCAACACUAUUAUCCCUCAAGGUUCAAUCCGGCGAUCCUAA